AUGGGUGUUUCUGUGUGGCUGUUGAUAUUUUGCGUAGGAGUUAUUUUUCUGCAGACGGUCGUAUCGCUAGCUAGUGUGCCGAUCGCAGUUGGGAGGCAAAGAACCGCAGUAGAAAUACCAGAAGUAAGCCAAGACCCUGUUUUGUACAGCUGUGCUGACGUAGCGGACAAUGUCCGAACUACUUGUGGCAGUUGCACAAGCGUUAUGUUAUGCAAUUACCAAAAACAGAAUGUAGGUUCGUACGAUUGUAGUUCCAGCAAUCCUUUACGUCCCUACUGCAAGGACGGAGUUUGCCAAAGCGAACCGGGCUGCGAUUUAAAAAGUGACUUGUGCCCUGAUAAAGAUAAUUUUUAUCCAGUACCGCACAACUGUAGUGAAGCAGUGUACUGCAACGACGGUUUGCGAGCAACGGCAUACACUGCCCCUUCCUCAUCGUACAUGUUUGAUUAUAAUACCGGAUCAUGGAUUUAUCUCAAAACACCAGCUGAUUGUUUCCAAAUUGACUGUAAAAUCACUUCAAAUUUGAACAAAUUAAUUGCAUAUAAACCAAAUCCUCAGUUAUAUGUCUUCUGUGGAACAAGUGGUCCACUCACGUUCAAAUGUGGAGAUAGUGAGGCGUUCAACGAAACGACGAAAUUGUGUGAAUUUCAUUGCAAGCAGAAGGGCAAAUAUCCUAUUCCAGGAGUAAAGGAUCGUUAUUAUUCAUGUUUGGAAGGACCAAACGGAACGUACCAAAAAUUCGUAGAGGUCUGUCCUAAUGGUAAGGAAUUCGACAACGGAGUGAAUGAUUGCAAGAAUAUGGAUUAG